UAUUUUUGGCGUUAUUUAUUUUGAUAAUUUCUAAUUAUGAAUAUUAAUAAUUAGAAGAAAAAUUUAUAAUUAAAAAUUUAUUUCACCAUGAAAUAUUAUUGUUUUUUUCGUUUUCUUGUGUUAAGAAUUAUCUAAAGAUUAUAAUUAUUAUCUUUCAGUAUUUUUAUUUUUAUCAGUAACGACGAUAACUUUUGAACUUUGUUAGAUAAGAUAUAUAAAAAAUAUAUUUUCUAAUAUUUUUAUUAUUCACUUGGCUGAUAAUAUAAUAAAUGAAUUCUCAAAUAUUUACUUUACUGCAGAAAAUUUCAAAGAACAUGCACAUUAGACACUGUGCUUGUAUUAAGGAAAAUUAUAAAGAUGCUAUCAAAAAGUUAAACGAUCUUCAAAGUAAUUCCAAUUAUCUCGAAAUUGUUGCAAAUAAUUCAAAAAUGAAUUUUGCCAAGUUGGAAGAUACAGAGAAAUAUUUAAUUAGGUCUGGUAUUAAUUUGGACCAAUUGAAUAAUCUUUCUAUUAUACAUGUAGCUGGUACUAAAGGAAAAGGUUCUGUUUGUGCUUUUGUAGAAGCAAUAUUGCAAAUACAUGGAUUUAGAACAGGUUUUUUUAGUUCACCUCAUUUAAUUACUGUUAGAGAACGAUUAAGGAUAAAUGGCUCUCCAAUAAAUGAAACAGAUUUUGCUUAUUAUUUUUGGAAAGUAUAUAAUAAAUUAGAUAAUGCAAAGGAAUUUGAGUCAGACAUACCAAUGUAUUUUAAAUUUCUUACUGUUUUAAUGUUCAAUGUAUUUUUAUAUGAAAAUAUCGACGUAGCAAUUAUAGAAGUUGGAAUUGGUGGUGAAUAUGAUUGUACUAAUAUUGUAAAAAAUCCUGUAUGUGUAGGUAUAACAAGUUUAGGAUUAGAUCAUACUUCUUUGCUAGGAAAUACAAUAGAAGAAAUAGCAUAUCAAAAAUCUGGGAUUUUCAAGCCAAAUACAAUUGCAUUUACUGUCCCUCAAAAAAAGGAAGCUUUAGAAAUUUUAAAAGAAAGAGCAAUUGAGAGGCAAUGCACAUUACACGUUGUACCAUCAUUUCAGUAUUAUGAAUGGGAAAAUGACCAGUUAAAUAAUAAAACGUUAUAUAGUCAAAUUCAACAGCAAAAUGCAUCUUUAGCUAUACAAUUGGCAGUUUAUUGGAUGCAAUCCCAAAUUAAUUCAAACUAUUUUUUGACAAUUAAUAAUAAUAUAUGUAAUAAGAAAUAUUAUAACUUUCAAGAAAAUAAUAUAGAAGGGAGUAUUAAAAACAUUAAUGAUGAACAAGAAGAAAUGAUAAAUAAAAAAACCAAUACAAAAUAUAUAUCAUUUAAAAAGAUUGCAACUGCAUUAUCUACGUGCAUAUGGCCAGGUCGACAACAGAUUUUAAGAGGUACUUUAUUUGAUUUUUAUUUAGAUGGUGCUCAUACUUUAGAAAGUAUGGAUUGUUGUAUUUCUUGGUUUAAUAAUCAAAUAGAAAACAAUAAUGGUAAACGAUAUUUGAUUUUUAACAUGACUGGAAAGCGCGAUGUAUCUUUAUUUAUGAAUCGUUUGAAAACUAUAAAAUUUCAUAAAAUUUAUUUCGUACCUAAUGUUGCUGGGAUACUAGAUAUAGAUAAUUUGACAACUGCUGAAGUGAUAGAUGAACAAAAGAUGAAAUGUCAAAAGCAUUGUGAAAUGUGGGGAGAGCAGUCUCCGCAUGUUGUAAAAAUUGUUGCAAACAAUGUAAUGGAAGUUUUAAAUGAUAUUAGGAUGGAACAUAUACAUAAUGACGAAACUAUUAUUUGGAAAGAUAAAACUCAAGUACUUAUAACUGGAUCUUUGCAUUUAGUAGGUGCAACUCUUGCAAUUUUAGAUCCUAAUUUUACAAUGACUACCAAAUUUUAAAAUUUUAAUACACACACCAUACACAUACACACACACACACGCGCGCGCGCGCGCGCGCGCGCACACACACACACACAAUAUAUAUAUAUAUAUAUAUAUAUAAUGUAUAUAUAUAAAUAAAAUAUUCUGCCUAUGUGUGUGUAGAAAUAUUAAAAUUGUAUUAUAACUAUAUAAUAUCAAUACAUUGCAUUGUGAUACAUUUACAGUGUGUAUAACAGAGCAUUUGCAUGACUAUUUGUGGACAAUUUAUUUGUACUUUAAUAUAAACGCAAUUAUUUUCAAUAAAACUUGAAUAUAUAUAAGAUAACAAUUUUUUAUAACAAACAGAACUGCUACAUACAAUUUUUUUUUAGUAAUAGAUGAGCAUUAGAAAUGGAAUAUUAAAAUUUUUCUAAUAAUUUAUUUUAAAAUAUCUUUGGAUGAUAUUCUAAUUCAGAUUCUGCUUCUGUAUCUGAUAAACUGAGGGAUACACCUGUUCUUCUUCUAAGGCGAUUAUCUUCAGGACUCUAUGAAAGAGAUUUUAUAUUAUAGAUAUUAUUUAAUUAGAUUUAUAUAUAAUAUAUAUAAAUAUAUAGAUAUGUUUAAAUAUACAUUUUAAUCUUAUAUAUAAA